AUGGGUAGUAUCAAGGGCUUUUCGCCUAAGGUGUUUGUAGGUGCCGGUGGCAUCAAUUGCAUUCUUACUUUUACCCUAGAUUCAGCAAUAAACUACGAAAAUAAUGAAAGGAUUAAUGAGUUAAGAGUUAGAUUUGAAGAAGGAAUUGUUAACAAAGGAGAGUUGGAAAAGAUGGGAAGAGUUUUAUUGGGAAAAGAAAUAUUAGUUGGCGACUUAGAGAUAAUCAAGAACUGUUCUUCUUCUACUAUCUUUACGGCGGAAGGAAUGAAAUUGAAGUCAGCGGAGGAUUAUCGAAAGUUAAUAAGGGAGUUCAUUGGAGAAAAUGUGAAAACAAAUUUUGAAACUAUACAAAAUCUAGCAGAAGUUUGA